AUGGAGUCCGAGCUCUACGAAGCCACCAUGAAAGGAAACGUGCAUUCUUUGCUUGGAAAAGAUAAGCUGCUUCUUGAUAGAAUCAUGAUCGGGAAUCACAAUGAGACUCCUUUGCACAUCGCAACCAUGCUUGGACACUUGGAUGCCGUGGAAGCAAUCCUAGCUCGGAAGGCUGAGUUGGCAAGAGAGCAAGAUUAUCAAAGUUCAACCCCUCUUCAUCUCGCGGCAGCAAAAGGUUACCUUGACAUAGUGGAAAGCUUGUUCAUCAACUCAAGGGACGAAGAUGGCAAUACGAUUUUGCAUUUGGCUGCUUCAAAUGGACAAAUCGAGACUAUAAUCUACCUGACUAGUAAAGGAGUAGACUCGAAUAUUAUGAAAUCCAAAGGUUUCAUGGCACUAAGCCUGCUAGCACAAGGCCAGAGCGUGGAAAGAGCUUCAGAGAUUAAGGAUUCUGCUCAUCAAACUUCAGAGAAUCAUGACCUGUCCAGACAAACCGAUGCAAAAAACAUGGUUACCGAAGAGAGCAAGAGGGAAGAGAAGAGAAAGUGGCAAAACGAUAUGCAUAAGAUGCUAAUGGUGGUGGCGGCAUUGGUAGCUAUUAUAGCUUACGAAGCUGGUAGGGAACCACCAAAGGCACCACCAAAGGCACCUCCGGACAUGGAAUGGCUUUACAAGGUGUUCAUGGCAUUUAACAUGAUAAGCUUCAUGGCAUCGCUUAGCACCAUUAUGCUUCUCAUAAGUGGUCUUCCCUUAAAGCAGCGUCGGAUCACCACGUGGAUUGCAAUGCUAAGUAUGUGGGUUGCGAUAACCUUCACGGUGUUGAGUUAUUCAAUCCUCAUGGUAUUAUCCUCACCGGAUGAGGGAGAAAUAAAGUAUGCUAAUGAUAAAGUAGUCGUAACUGUAUAA